GUAACCCUCGGGAAUUAUCAGAUUUUAUCCGUUGGAUUGAUGAAUGAUUCGAUUCGAUUGAAUGGAAUCAUUCGAUUUCAUUCGAUUUGACGACUUUUUCGGCCAUGCUGACGUCGACUCUCCGGCUUCGAGGUUGUUGAUGGUUGGCCGUGCAAUUGGCGCGCACAACGUUCACCACCCAGUUCUGUUUGCACUGCUCCUCCUGAAGCAUCCACACAACCAUAACAACCACGACGAUACCAAGAGCAAUCGCCCUGUCGGCAUCUUCAUUCGUACGCGGAGUACAAGCUGCCAUCGACCUAGGUUGCUGGCGUCCUUGUCUUGCCCAUGAGCAAUCUGUAGAGGAGGUCUUUUUUUCAAUCAACCGGUUUUUAAAAAUAAAGGAGCACCUUGUCCAUUUUUGAAUAAUUGUCUGCAGACAGAGCACCCACUUUGACCAUUAAAUUAAAAUUUGAGCCACCAUUUCCAUUAUGCAGCACCAUCAAUCAGCACCGGGCCAGCAGCAACCGCCACAGCAUAGCGACAAUGUCGAUGAAGAAUUGCAUCGCAUUCAUCUGGCAUUGACGGCAGUCUUUUCGCCCCAGCCGGCGUUGUCAGCACAAGCCAAUCAACAGCAAUGGUGGCAACAACGACAAUCGGCGGACGCUUAUUUGACCAGCUUUCAAACAACGAAAGUGUCUUGGAUGGUUUGCGAUCGAUUGCUGUCCCUCCAAGAUGCUGUAGACGAUGUGGCCGUUCAGCAACAACGUCGCUUUUUUGCCGCUCAGACGCUCCAUUUGAAAUGCCGAGUCGCAAUUGAAGAAUUGCCACGGGAGUCAUUGCCUUCGCUGCGUGAUUCCCUCUUGACGCACUUGCAGACGUAUACGAACGCCUCUCAAUCUGCGGCAGCGGGCAACAACACCGCGCUGACUACUCGGUUGGCCAUGUGUGUAGCGGCGUUGGCGGUGCAAAUGAACUGGACAACCGUGCUUACCGACCUGUUUGAACCCUUGCAGAAAAAUACCGGGGAUGACAAUGCCAUGGCAGUUCAGCGAGCGGUUGUCUUGUCCAUUUUGCAAGUACUGCCGGAAGAAUGUGCUUCAGACCGCCUUUUGUUAGAGGACGAAACAAACAGAUAUGUCAUGAGGGACCACUUUGUGUCAAGUUCGGGGCUGGUAUUUGACUUUCUGAACUCUUGUCUCAUGCAACACUUACCACAACAACAGCAACAAGUGUCACAAAAGACAAUCCAGCAGGUCUUAUCUACUCUUCAUCUUUGGAUUCGAUAUGUUCCUGUGGAGCCAGGGAACAUUGGCCAAUCUCCACUCCUGGCUGCGUCGAUUCAAGCCUUAUCGCAACCGGCUUACAUUGACCAUGCUGCAGAUGUGGUCGUCGAAAUACUUCGAAUGUACCCUAGCCACCACCCUAACAAUGAACCCAUUGUGCAAGCAAUGCUGCCUCUACUAUUUCAGCAUAUGCCCCUUCAAGCGGCGUUGCAAUCCGACAACGAAGACGUUUGGAAGGCAUACUGUCGGGUUGUCACAGAGAUGGGGGAAUCCUACAUGAGCUUGAUUCUCUCCAGCCAAGCUGCUGCCCCAGACAAUCUACCUCAGAAAAUGGUCGAAUGGGUCCUGCUCUGCAGCAAAAUACCCGAGACAGAAAUUGCAAAUAUCACACUGCACUUUUGGUACCGGAUGGUGAUGGAUUUGGAAUCCAUUGAUCCAUACGAGUGGAGGCAAGAGCUGAUCGAUCUCUACACACCCCAUUUGCUCCAGUUGAUUGAUAUCUGCGUGAUGCAUUUAAUGAAGUACCCAGAAGAUAUGGAUGAGUUGCCAGGAGAUAGAAUGGACGACCUGCAUAGAGAUCGAUUCUACGUCGCUGAAACAAUUGAGGACUGCUGCCGCUUGCUAGGUGGGCAACUGGUUCUUCAAAGGAUUGGGGCUCUCUUCCACCAAGAAUGCCAACGUGUGCAGCAGCAACAAUCUUCUUCCAGUGGCAGCUCCGCAAACAAUCCGAUUCAAUGGCAUGGCUUGGAGUCAUGCUUUGCCUGCAUACAGUGUAUGCAUCGAUUUGUUCCAAGCGACGAAGCAGAAAUAUUGCCUUUUUGUUUCAACCUCAUUCCUCAGCUUCCUCCUGAUAUUCCGCCCUUGCGGUUCACUGCCAGCAAAACGAUCGGCAAAUAUGCUUCUUGGCUCGUGGCUCAUCCAAAUCUACUGCAGCCGCUCCUCCCAUACUUGGCCAAUGGCUUGAAGGUGCCCCACAGUGCUCCAGCAGCUGCCGUAGCUAUCAAAGAGCUUUGUGAAAAUUCCGAUCAACGAUUGGCACUUGGAGAACCCGUCUUGCAACUGUACAACGAAAUCACAGCCAAUGCGCACGAUGUCAACAAUCCAACGAAACUAGAGCUGGCAGAUGAACUGCAAAUUCUGGAAGGGGUCUGUAGAGCGUUGUCCAAGCAAAUGCACGAUGCCAACGAUGACGGCACAGCGACCAUUGCUCGGAUUGUUCAACCAAUCGGAUCACGGUUUGCAGCACAGGUGGCAGACCCAAAGGCUACUCCCAAAACGAUCAUUCCUGAGAUUGAACGAUUGACGACGGUUGUGCAGCAUUUGUCCAUGCCCACGAAUGGCAACGAGGCCACCCACCCGGUCGCCGCACUGAUGCAGUCGUCCUGGGCAUUGAUUGAUACAGCAGCGCAGCGGUUCCCGCAGGAUAUUCAUUUGGCGGAGAAGAUAUGCCGCCUGCACAAGCAUUCGCUGCGAUCAUGCGGAGCACGGGCGUAUGAACCACUGAUUAACCCCUUGAUGGAAUUCUUGGUCGUCAGCUACCAGCGAUCCCACCUAUCUCCAUUCCUGUAUGCUGCCAGCAUCUGUGCCGCGGAAUAUGGACGAAAUCCUGCGUAUUCUCAAAAGCUGCUGGAAAUGGUGUCAGCCAUGGCGCAGACUUCGUUCUCGUUUUUGAAGACACUUGAUGACUUGACCCACCAUCCUGAUGUAGUAGAGGAGUUUUUCUACCUGAUGGGGCGAAUGGUAACGUUUUGUCCAGAUCCCAUGGUAACAAGCACGUUGCUGCAGCCAUUGUUGCAAUGUGCAGCGGUGGGGAUGCAGGUGGCUCAUCGGGAUGCCAACAAAGGGACCUUGAGCUUCCUCGACAAUACAAUCUCGUACGGACUGCGCUUGCGAGAACAGCCACCACGACCAGUGUGCCAGGCAGCUCUUGAGCACGCGUUGACGCAAGAAGGGCAGACCAUUGUAACAAAUCUUGCUCGCGCACUGAUGGGAGAAUUGCCAAACUACGGGAACCAAGUUCCAGAGUUGAUGUGGAAGCUCAAUCUGCUGUGCCCCGAACACUUGGCUGGGUGGCUGACGACAGCCUUCACCACAGCAAUGAAUCCUCCAGAGCGUGCCAAAGCUGGUUUUAUGGGGGCUUUGAAUAGAGGGCUGCCAAGGGACGAUUUUAACUUGGCCGUACGUGCUUUCGUGAGUGCAUGCGAGCGAGAGCGCAAGACGCAACAGAGAACUUAAGAAGAAGCAGAAAACUCGAUCAGAAGAGGGUAUAGUUAAGUGCUUUCGCCGGGCUGGUAAAGUACAGUAGAGGCAGCUUGCUUCACAUAGCGUUAACCGAUUGAUAGAUUUGAUACCGCUACCAGUU